AUGGCAUACACUUCCAGACUCCUGUUAUUAGCUUUCCUAGUCUUUUCUUUUUCAUCACUCACAGUCAUUUCCAGGGAACUUAAGCCCAAAUCGUCAACCCUGUGGGAGAGGCUAAAACUAGACGAAGACGGCACAUCUACUUGCUGGGACUCAUUGUUUGAGCUUCAAUCCUGCACCGGUGAAGUUGUUCUCUUCUUCCUCAAUGGGGAAACAUACCUUGGUCCAAGCUGCUGCAAUGCAAUAAGAACCAUUGAACACCAUUGUUGGCCAUCCAUGCUUGGCUCUGUUGGCAUCAAUUCUGAAGAAAGUGACAUUCUUCUUGGCUACUGUGAUGCAAAUGAAGGCUCAAAUCCCACUUCCCCUCCACGAGCUCUCAAUCCCACGUCCCGCGACAUGAAUCCUUAG